CUUUAAUUGCACCGUGGGCCGUAACCUGAGCGUGACCGGUCUGAGCUGGUUGGCCAGAACCUGAGGAAGUGCGGUGCUCUUCCUGUGUUAUUGUCACCACGAACCGAUGCAGCCAGUCACCGAAAGUCAGCCUAAACGUCUAGGAGCAACUUUGGCUGAAUCGUGUCGUUGAAAAACGCAAACUAACAAGGCGAAAUCCUAAUGGUGACUACAUGAAGAUGAAAUCUGCUAAGAAGAAGGCUUUGCUAAACAGAGCAAAGGUAGGGGAGAGACAACACGAUGUGGCCAUAGUUAAACCUGAAAAGGAAUCAGAGCUGGAUGGUUUGGUGGAGGAGGACUCCAGCGAAGUUUACACUAAUGGAGAUGGUCUCAGCAUCCGAAUCAAGGAGGAACCACAUGCACAGGAGAUCUGUGAGGAGCACAGUGGCGACGCCUCAAGCUGCCUGGACACUAAGCCUGACACUGUGACAUCAAGGUCAGAUGAUCACCAUCAAGAGGGACACGUAAAGGACGAGCGUGACUCUGACCGUCAGGCGGAAUAUGAAUUCACCGGAGCUGCUGUCAAGGAGGAGUCAGGGUCGUGGAUCAAAGAGGAAAGAGACAGUGAGGAGGAGGCAGAGGAUGCAGACAACAUCCGGGAAGAUUAUGGGGACGGAGAGGAGGUCUACACAGAGUCAUCGUCUGAGUUCUUUCCAUGUCCUCAUUGCACUGUCUCCUUUACUGACUUGGACUUCUUGGAGAAGCAUGUCAAGUGGGUCCAUCAGAAACAGUAUCUUGACAAACUGAAAAAAUGCCUCUCAAGCCGCACACUAAACCUCAUUCCCAAGCACACCUGCACCGUCUGCAGCACUACCUUUAACUCUAAAGUACACCUUAGGGUCCAUGUACGUGAAGCCCAUCCGUCUGCCCCUCCCCGCAGGCUCCACCCCUGCCCAACCUGUGCACGCAGCUUCCAGUACCUGAAGAAUCUGAAGAAUCACUGUCAGCGCUGGCACAACAUGUCUGUGGUUACCAGGGGAGGGCAUCUCAGCUGCGCUGACUGUGGGAAGAGUUUCAAAGCUACCUGGGGCCAAGGCCCUCAUUUGUGCCAUGAACCAGAUAACGCAGAACCCGAGGAUAAGCCAAUCUGUCUGGACACUGGUGUGCAGUGUCCAGAAUGUGGCAAGAAGGUGCGCACACCUCAAAGCCUGGAGGAUCACAUGCGCACCCACACAGGAGACCGGCCGUUUGUCUGCAAAGACUGUGGCAGGAGGUUCGUGGAGCGCAGCGGUUGGCGGCAGCACAUGAAAAUACACACAGGGGAGAAACCGUACAAAUGUCAGGUGUGCGGGAAAGCCUUUUUAAGAUCACACCACCUCAAGUGCCACUUAACGACACACUCUGGCAAGAAGGAAUACUCUUGCGCCGAAUGUGGAAAGGAGUUUGGAUUUAAGUCAAGUCUGGACCUCCACCUGAGGACACAUUCCAGUGAGAGACCCUUCCACUGCAAUGUGUGUGGGAAGAACUUUAACACCCAGAGGAACCUGAGGGUUCACACCAAACUCCACACCAAUGAGAAAGCUCACCAGUGCGGGGACUGUGGGCUGAAGAUUGGAGAUCUCGGGGCUUUGAAAAUACACCUGCGGACACACACCGGAGAAAGGCCUUACCACUGCACAGUCUGCGGAAAUAGGUUCAUUCGCCUUGCACAUUUGCGAAACCACCAACGCACCCACACUGGUGAGCGACCCUACAAAUGCACUGAAUGUGACAAGAGCUUCAUUCAAUCUGGCGACCUGGUGAAGCAUAAGCGGAUACACUCUGGGGAAAAGCCCUUCGAAUGUCCAGACUGCCACCGCCGUUACACUUCCUCCGGCGAUCUGGGCAAGCAUAGGAGGAGUCACACUAACCAGCGUCCCUACACAUGUCAAGAAUGUGGAAAAAGCUUUCGCUUGUCAGGCCACUUGAAAACUCACAUGUUAACCCACACAGGGGAGAAGCCAUAUUCCUGCCCCAACUGCCUCCGCAGGUUUGCUCGCUCUCACCAUCUUUCUGGGCAUGUGGCUAAAUGUCGCUGAGCUUUUUUGAGAAGAUUGUAAAUAAGCUAGUCCUGAUUUAAUACUGUAUUUAUGGGAGCUGUAUACAGUCUACUACUAGAUUUUUUUAAAUGAAUGUGUAAAAGUGGAAACUCAUUUGUAGAUAAUUAUUUAUAUGAAAUUUCUGUAACCCUCUUCACUCAGAUGACUCUUUUAAUUUAUUGAAACACAUAAUUCAUGUUAGUUGCAUGGAACUUUUCUACAGCACUAUCCCAGGUCUUGUAUGAUUUUUUUUUGUUGUUUUUUUUUGUUUUUUUGUUUCCAGAGUAGCUCUAGACUGGCUGUGCAAGACACUAUUAUAAUGGAGGCUUGAGGACUUGAUAUGAGGCAGAGUUCAGUGGGACAUGCAGAUAAUGGGUUGUUUUUUCACCACUGUUCAAUGCUGUAUUAUCUCUAACAAUAUAAUAAAUUAUAUGAUGAAUCCAUGAA